ACCCUCUUCCAUUAUUCACAGGACAAAAGGCAUAGGCUCUGUUCUGCUCGCUCCGAACGCUCCAAAGAAACUGUCAAACCACACGUUUGCCUUUAAGCCGAGAUUUUGCUUCAGUUUGGUUGAGUGUUUCGAUAGUUUUACUGACUGUAUAUGUGCAAUGUUCUUGAAUGUUUCGAAGUAUUGAAUUUGCCAAACCAACUUAUAAACUCAUCAACAUGACGAGGCUGACAGUUGUCUGACUCGCCUGCACCUUUCAGUUUCAAUCACAGUUUUAAUAUAUUUGAACUCAGUACGAAGAGUCAUUACUAGUCAUUUUCAGCACAUAUCUUUUAAUUGAAAAGUACUAAAAGCAGUUGAAGGAGCAUCCUUCCGCCUAUGAACCGAGACACUGAGGCUUCAUCACAGCCUCAUCUCAGAAAUCAGUAUGAGUGUUUACUCUGAAGACGAGAUCCUCUGCAAUGCGUUCAGGGUUCAAGUUAAUGUAAACAAUGGGCACAAUGGUGAACUGGAUAAGAAGUCCCCCAUUGCCCGAAGCAGCUGUAAUGCAAAAUAUAAUGUUCCUAGUGCAAAUUUUACAUCCUAUGAUUUCCCUUCAAACACUGUCUCUUCCUGUUGUGUUGCUGAGACGAGUAAUACAUUGACAGCUCAGACUGCUCGUCGUCUACAGGAGCUAGAAACAGAACUUAGAAAUGAACAGGAAAGAAGAGCCAAGGUCGAGAGGCAGCUGGCACAAUGCUUGCAGAUGCUAGCGGACCUCAGAGGUGCUCACAGCCAAUGUCCUAUUCAGAGACACUUUGACGAGUUGCCAGAAGAAAUCGCAAUUACAAUAUUUUCCUAUUUGAGUGUACAUGACCUUGUAGAUGUUGUGAGUAAAGUGAAUAAGAAGUGGAACCGCCUGGCACAUGAUGUCGUACUUUGGUCGCAAAUGUCACUUGAUAACCACGACAUUAACGACAUCAUGAAAUUGAUGAACUUUGCCCCCUGUCUCCGAUCUGUCUGCAUUCCAUCCGAGCAACUGUUUGUGCAUGAUGAUGCAGAGGAUACAAGUCUUCAGGUGUUGACUCAGUCGCCCUGCCGGCUGCGCUCGCUGACGCUGCCCGACUUCCAGCCCAUCUCGCUGCGCAUGAUCCGCAACCAGAUGGGCAACCUGCGCCACCUGCAGCUCAACUCGUGGUGGGACAACAGUCGCAGUGAGUUCCGCGACGACAUGUGGACGGCCAUCUUCGAGCUGGACCUGGUGUCGCUGGCGCUGCAGGAGUACGACGGCGGCAACAGCUACUUCCACUCGGUGUCCCGGCCGGUGCCGGGCCAGCUGACCAGCCUCCGCCACCUGGACCUGUACUGCAAGCAGGUGCCGGGCGGCAUCCUGAGCGCGCUGCUGGAGGCCUGCAAGAACUCGCUGGAGACCGUGGCGCUGCCCCCCAAGACCCUGGGCGCCGACGUGGCCCUGCUGAGCAAGUGCCCGCGGCUGCGCGAGGCCAACGUGCCCUUCCUCCGCGAGGUCUGCGCGCUGGAGGCCAACCCCAUGCUGGAGCUGGUGGAGAUGAACGCCGAGUGGGUGGCCGAGACGGAGAUCGAGUCCAUCGUCAACGACGUGGCGUGCUUCCUGCACAUGCCGUCCGUCGUGAACCGCCUGCGGACGCUCUUCUUCCAGGGCAUGCCAGUGCAGUGCCGGCAGCUGCUGCACGCCACGGCGGGCGUGCGCGGGCUGCGCUACGUCCGCAUCCACAAUUUCGGCGAGCCCGAGGUGGUGGACGGCAUCCUGGAGGUGCUGGAGGGGCUGCCCGACCUGGAGCGCUUCGUGAUCGCUACGCUGCCGCCGCCCGCCGUGCUGGACGCCAUCGGGGCGCACUUCUGCCCCAAACUGAAGGAGCUGUGCUUCAUCGGCGCCUGCUCCGACGACAACUACGGGUGCCGCAUCCCCGCCAUCAAGCGCCUGCUGCAGCACCGGCCGCAGCUGCACGUGUUCCUGGACCUGGGCCUCGGCGUCGUCCGGCACCUCGAGGGCGCCUACCCCGACUGCCUGCGCGAGCACAGGACCGUGUGCAGCGACGAGAGCCGCUGGCACCGCGUGCACCCCGUGCUGGUGAACCACGAGCCCGACAGCUGCACCUGGUGCCGCUACAACGUGGAGGCCUACGCCACCGUGGCCGACAUGCGCGGCAAGCUGGACGUGCAGCCGGUCCAGCACCAUGAGUAGCAGCCAGGGCCUCGGACUCAGCCCUUAGGGCGUGUCGCUUCUUGUAUGUGGUAGCAAUCCUCAACAGCACUCUGCUUAACGUAAGAUUAGAAAUGAAAUUUUAAUUUUAAAGAUUCAAAACAAUUGUCGCAAAAUGCUCUUAAUGCUGAUGAAACUGAGACUUCUAGAGUCUGUUUCAGCUGAUUUUCUGACCCUUGUUAAAGACUGAUGGUUUUAUGUAUUUAAUUUUUUUCCCAAUCCCGAACUUGUGUUAUAUACCCUUCAUGUAAACAUAUAAUGUUGGAGGCAUGGAUGGCAGCUGGAGAAGUUUACAGUAGGAGCUUUUUGCCUUGUUUAUUGUGUGACAAUUCCUCUUCAUUUUUGUGUUUUCUUUUUUAAAUUUUGUACAUAGAAAUUGUUUUUAAUGCAUUUUUUUUUCAAAACCAAAAUGUAUUAAAGGUUUUAAAGGUAAUAACCUACAUCAUUUUCUCUAUUGAAGCAUAUAUAUAUCUGCAGACUUUAGUGAUAAGGUGUAGUUUCUUCUUAUCUAGUCAUUAAAUUAGGAGUUACAAUUUCAAACAAGAAGCCUGCUGUAAUUUUUCCUGUAUUAGUAAAUGAACUUCUUGUGUAAUCAUAAUUUAUUAUACUUACAAUCAAUCUUUGUUCAUUGUUACCAUAUUUACUUAUGACUCUACUUUUGACUAAAUCCACUUUAGGUAUUAUAUAUCAGUAUUUUACAUUUUGGUGCAGAAUACUCUCAUGUACCUGGACAACACAUUCCUUGUUUGUGCAUGCCUUGUCACUUUUUCCUUAUUG